AUGCCGACAUGUCGGUAUGAUGGAAAGGGAGAUCCUGCGGCAGAUUGGUUCAAUAAUCUCGGAAAUGGAACAAUUCAUAACUUCCAGCAGUUGGUUGAAAUAUUUGUGGGACAAUAUGUCAGUAUCAGUGUCCAACAGAGAUCCUCAGGGGAGUUGAUGGUUAUUAGUCAAAAAGAAGAUGAGUCUCUAAGGGACUAUAUAAGGAGAUUUAAUAAUGAAGCGAAUACAAUCCCAAAGUUACAACAGGAGAUAGCAGUCAUGGCGCUAAUGAAUGGUUUGAAUGACUCAGAAUUUAAAAGGUACUUAACAAGGAAGAAUCAGCCAACAUUAGCUGAGGCGUUCAACAAAGCUCAUGACUAUAUAAAGAGCGAAGAAUUGAUGAAAACAAGCAGUCGGGUUAGUUCCACCGAUAGGAUUCACCUGAUGUUGGAAGGAGGAUCUUCGGGAAGUGGGAGGCCGAGAAAUCCAGCCCUAGAAAGGGGAGGAGGCCGCCAGGAAGUUAUAGGAAAUAAAGCGCCAAUGCGGUAUAAUUCGUAUACACCGCUAAAUGCACCAAGGGCUGCAAUAUAUUCUGUAAACCAGAAUCGAGAAGGAUGGGUAAGACCCAUGCCGAUGAAAGCAAAAGGAAGGGAUACCAAGAAGUAUUGUAUGUUUCACCGAGAUGUGGGGCAUUAUACUGAAGAUUGUGUACAGUUGAAAUAUAAUAUUGAAGAAUUAAUAAGAAGGGGACAUCUCGCUCAAUACCGGCUGCAUUCGGGGGGAAGUCAACCACCAUUGUAUCGGCAGCCAAAGCGUCAGCAGAUAGAAGCCAGGCCAAAGAGGCAAGGGCAAGUAAGCCGACAAGGAGAUAGCGGGCAACCACCAUCGUCCACUGGAAAAAGAGUUGAUGUAAUAACCGAUGGACCAGUUCACGGAGGAACGAUAAGUGGAGCACAGAAGCACCUAUCAGAACAUCGGCACAUUGUUAAUGCAUUAGAUGUUAAUGAUCGCCCGCGGCCGUCUCAGAUCCCAGAUGUAAUGUUUACAAAAGAAGAUGCAAAGGGAAUAGUUUUUCCCCAUGACGAUCCCCUAGUCGUGAUAAUAAAAAUCAACGGGGCCGAUGUGAAGAGGAGUUAG